UUGCGGCGGAAGAGGCGGAGUGAGAAACAAAAUGAGGGAAAAUAAGAACAUGCCCGAGUCCCCUUCUCAAGCGGGAAAAGAAAUACCGGCGAAAAAACAAAAACUAAGCAGUGACGAGAACAGUAACCCCGAUUUAUCAGGAGACGAGAAUGAUGAUGCUGUCAGUGUGGAGAGUGGGACUAAUGCAGAGCGCCCAGACACACCCACUAACACAGCCAACGCCCCGGGAAGAAAGAGCUGGGGCAAGGGCAAGUGGAAGUCCAAGAAGUGCAGAUAUUCUUUUAAAUGCGUCAACAGUCUGAGGGAGGACCACGGACAGCCGCUGUUUGGAGUCCAGUUUAACUGGCACAGCAAGGAGGGAGACCCGCUGGUGUUUGCCACAGUUGGGAGUAACAGGGUAACUCUGUAUGAAUGUCACUCUCAGGGAGAAAUAAAACUCCUGCAGUCUUAUGUCGAUGCAGAUGCAGACGAGAACUUCUAUACGUGUGCCUGGACGUACGACACCAACACGAGCCAUCCACUGUUGGCUGUAGCCGGGUCCCGCGGCAUCAUUCGGGUGAUCAACCACAUCACAAUGCAGUGUAUCAAGCAUUAUGUAGGUCAUGGAAAUGCCAUCAAUGAGCUCAAGUUUCAUCCGAGGGAUCCAAACCUCCUCCUGUCUGUCAGCAAAGAUCAUGCCCUUCGUCUAUGGAACAUACAGACGGACACAUUAGUGGCAAUAUUUGGUGGUGUGGAGGGUCAUCGCGAUGAAGUCCUGAGUGCUGAUUUUGAUCUUCUGGGUGAAAAGAUUAUGUCAUGUGGGAUGGACCACUCCCUAAAACUCUGGCGAAUCAAUUCAGAGAGAAUGCAGAAAGCCAUUCGUGGAUCUUACGAGUACAAUCCCUCAAAGACCAACAGGCCUUUCGUCUCGCAGAAAAUUCACUUCCCGGAUUUCUCAACGCGAGACAUCCAUAGAAACUAUGUGGAUUGUGUGCGGUGGCUGGGGGAUCUAAUUCUUUCCAAGUCCUGUGAAAAUGCCAUAGUCUGCUGGAAACCAGGAAAGAUGGAGGACAACAUCGAUCACGUUAAACCAAAUGAGUCGAAUGUGACGAUUCUGGGACGCUUUGAUUACAGCCAGUGUGACAUUUGGUACAUGCGCUUCUCCAUGGACUUCUGGCAGAAGAUGCUGGCUCUAGGAAACCAGGUGGGGAAGCUUUACGUGUGGGACCUCGAAGUGGAGGACCCUCACAAAGCAAAGUGCACCACACUGACCCUCCCCAAAUGCACGUCGGCCAUCCGGCAAACCAGCUUCAGCCGCGACAGCAGCAUUUUGAUAGCCGUGUGUGACGACGCUUCGAUCUGGCGCUGGGAUCGACAGCGCUGAACCGUGUGGGGGGCUUUUUUUUUGGCUGAAGAGUUUUGGUUCUCGUUGCUCCCUCCCUCCCUCCCUCCCUCCCUCCCAACCUGCAGCCCCGUUGUACAGAUCUACACUGCAAGAAAUGUCCGUUUUGAACGUUUUAGUCUUCAGGUGGUCUAAACAAACACUUCCUAUAUUUCCUCAAAAAAGUGAGAAAACUGUGCCACGGUGGGAUGAUUCCUUUUGUUUCUUUGGCCAAGGGAGAUUGUUUUCAUUUCCUGUUUGUCUGCCAGCAGGAUUUUAAAGUUAAAAGAAGGCUGAUGACAGAAAAGGGACAUUUUAUAUCGAACAAAACAUCAACAGCGAUGGUAAAGACAUAGUUUGUUCCAUAAGUAAAUAUUUUAAAUUAAAUAAAAACUAAUUACAGCAGCACGUUGGAGACUAGAUCAGUACCGGGGGAGGUUAAGUGCCUUCUAGCUUCCUAUGCAGACUCGCUUAUCGGACCUUAUCAGAUCAGUCUUUAGAGGAAUCGUCUGCAUCUCAGUCAAAUGGCAGAUUUUUGUCACUUGUUUUGGGAAAAAUACGACAGAAAUAACAGAUGAAAUGACCAAAGAUGGAUUUUUAAUUUUUUUUUUUUUGCAGUGUGCCGUGUUUUGUAUUAACUUUCUCACACAAAAAGAUGUUUCACCUUUUUUUUUUCUUGACUUAUUCUAACAUUCCUUUGCGUCUUUUUUUUUUUAAAUACCCUCUUGCUUGGCUUUGAUGGCCCCCCUCUUCCUCUUCUUCAUGUGGACACACAAAAACACAAUACACUCUAUAAAAGGUAUUUUGUAAAUAUAUAUACCAAGAGUCAGUUUGUGCAAUUACUGAGGUUGACAAUGGACACUUGAAACUGUAUUUGAAGUCAUUUCUGUCGCUUUCCAAAAAAAAUAAAAAUAAAAAAUCCAAGUAGCUUUUA